AUGAGUGCCUCUUAUCAAAUCGCAUCCAUUCCGGGUGACGGUAUUGGCCCAGAGGUUGUCAGUGCCACGAUUCAAGUCGUUGAAAAAUUGGCCAAAACACUCGGAACUUUUCAGAUCAAUUUUACACAUAUACCAUGGGGGACCAACUACUAUAAGGAACAUGGGCGAUACCUCUCGGAAGAUGCCUUGACCACUCUGCGGAAGUAUGAUGCCGGACUCUUCGGCGCGGUAGGAGAUCCAGAUGUCCCGGAUCACAUCUCCCUAUGGGGCCUGUUACUUGCCAUCCGAGGUCCUCUACAGCUUUAUGCCAACGUUCGACCGGUGCGUACAUUCCCGGGAACGAGAUGUCCCCUCAACACCGCAACUGGGGGUAUCGACUGGAUGCUAGUGCGUGAGAACUCUGAAGGCGAGUAUUCAGGCCAGGGAGGCCGCUCGCACAUUGGACAGCCAUGGGAAACCGCCACGGAGGUAGCCGUAUUCACACGAGUCGGAAUCGAACGCAUUAUUCGAUUUGCUUUUGAGACUGCACAGUCCCGGCCUCGGAAGCAUCUGACAGUCGUUACAAAGAGCAAUUCCAUGCGUAAUGGAAUGGUCCUCUGGGAUGAAAUCGCGGCGUCUGUUGCUAAGGACUUCCCCGAUGUUACUUGGGAUAAAAUGCUCGUGGAUGCAAUGACAGUCCGGAUGGUAUGGAAACCGGAGUCUAUUGAUACAAUUGUCGGCACCAAUUUACAUAUGGAUAUUCUUUCGGAUCUGGCUGCUGCGCUGGCGGGUUCUAUUGGUAUCGCACCGUCUAGUAACUUGGAUCCGACUCGCAAGAAUCCAUCCUUGUUUGAACCCGUUCAUGGGAGUGCCUUCGAUAUUAUUGGAAAGGGCAUUGCCAACCCAGUUGGAACAUUUUGGUCUGCAGCGGAAAUGCUCACUUGGCUGGGAGAGAAGGAUGCCUCGGCUAGGUUGAUGCAGUGUAUUGAGAAUGUUUGCGCUGCUGGUAUUUUGACGCCUGAUUUGGGUGGGAGCUCGAAUACCCGGGGCGUAGUCGAUGCGGUUUGUGCUGAGAUUGAGAAACUGAAGGCUUGA